CACCGAUCAACGGAAAGAGCCAAAGAUGUUGGCUCGGUCAUGUGAUCAGCUGUGUCCAAUCACAGCUGAUCGCAUGGCACUGAUGAUCAGUGUAGCCCCAGUAGUGCCACCUGUCAGUGUCCAUCAAUGCCACCUGCCAGUGCCCAUCAGUGCCACAUCAAUGACACAUAUCAGUGCCUACCAGUGCACAUCAAUGCCACAUAUCAGUGCCCAUCUAAGCUGCCUUUAGGUGCCACCUAUCAGUGCCACCUAUCAAUGCCAGUCAGUGCCACCUAUCAGCGCUACCAAUCAGUGCAG